GCCCGGGGAGGGGCCGGGCGGGCCGCGCGGUGCCGCCGACACUGAGCGCGGGGGGCUCCGCGGGGCCGGUCGGGGUUCGCUCGGUGCGGGCGCAGGGCCGAGGGAGGACGACGUCCGCCAUGAGUUCGUCGGCGCUGCUGGCCGAGGGCCCCCUCGACCCGCCGGUGCUGCUGGCCGACAUCAAGACGGAGCCCCCUGAGGAGCUGCUGGCCAGCGACUGCGGCCAGCCCCAGGCGGAGCCUGUGGAUCUCUCCCUCAACAAGUCCAAGGUGGCGGCAGCGGCCACCGCGGCCCCCCCGCCGCCACCUCCCGUCUCGGUGCAGUCGUCCCCGUUGCUGGUGGCUCCUCCGCUCCCCACUCCUGCCACCGUCUCCAUCUCCCCCUCCGGCCUCAGCUCCACCUCGGCCAUCCCGGCGGUCCUAUCGCCUGGCUCCAUCCUGGCCUCCACGCAGGGCAGCGGUGGGCAGCAGAUCCUGCACGUCAUCCACACUAUCCCCUCUGUCAACCUGCCCAGCAAGAUGGGCAACCUGCAGACCAUCCCUGUGGUGGUGCAGUCCCUCCCCGUUGUCUACACCACCAUGCCCACCGAUGGGGUCACUGCCAUUACCGUGCCCCUCAUCGGGGGGGAUGGCAAGAACGCUGGGUCUGCUUUUCUUUCCCACCCCCCACCAGUGAAAAUUGACCCGGGCUCCAUGUAUCCCAUGGACGUGAAUAGCGACAGUGAGGACAGCGCCUCCGAGAGCGGCCCAGCCCCUUUCCAGGACCUCCAGAGAGAGCCAGCAGCGCGGGCGCAGCGAGCAGAGUCCCCUGACCUGAAGAAGCGACGCAUCCACCAGUGUGACUUCGAGGGCUGCAAUAAGGUCUACACCAAAAGCUCCCACCUCAAAGCUCACCGGCGGAUACACACAGGCGAGAAGCCCUACAAAUGUACCUGGGAAGGAUGCACCUGGAAGUUCGCCCGCUCCGACGAGCUGACCCGGCACUUCCGCAAGCACACGGGCAUCAAACCCUUCCGCUGCUCGGACUGCGACCGCAGCUUCUCCCGCUCCGACCACCUCGCCCUGCAUCGCCGGCGGCACAUCAUGAUGUGAGGAGCCCUCGUCCCUGGGGCUGGGACUGGGGGAACAGUGGUGGAAAAUGGGGGUACAUCCCCCCCUGCUCCUCUGUGUGCGGUGGAAUGACUGCGGGAGCAGAGAGGCCAAGCUCUGCCUGGUGGAGAGCGAACCGUGGCCGCUCCAGGAGCCCCACUGGCACGAGAUGCACGAUGGUGGCUUCCACACUGAUCCUCCUCUUCCUCCCGUGCUCCCGUUUCUUUUUCCUGGGCUUCUCCUCCCCCCACACGAUGUCCAGAGGCUCCUCUUCAGCUCCUCACCCAGGAUUCACCCAGCAGCUGCCUCCAGACCUGCACAUUGGCCUCUUCAAGCUUCUUGCCCACUUCCACCUCAUGUUCUCACUGUUCCCUGCCCUUCCCCCUAUCCCUUUGGGGAAAACCUGGAAGCCAUGGCAAGGACAGAGAUGAGGGCUCUGCCAUCGCCCUUAUGCAGUAGCCUCUUUCCUGGAAGUUGCUGCGUUUCCAUUCCCAGCCGCUGUGUGUCCCUGUCUCAGCGGGAGAAGGGACCUGGCACGUCACCUCUCUGCAUCCCUUGGCAUGUGCUGGGCUUCACUGGAGUGCCCAGGGACGCAUAGGAACAGAAAGAGCACGAAGUGGGGAGGAAAAUCCACCACAACAACCCAACAUCACCCCCCAAAUGAGACCACCACCACCAAACACAAAGGGAAACUUUGCGGAACGUGGAACUGUGAUUUUGUGGAGUUUUAAAGGGGGUGGGAUGGGGGGAGCUGCAGCUGCAGCACUUGGGUUUUUUUGGAAGACUAUGGGACACUUGAACCAUUUCUAAGUUAAAAAGGCAGACUGUGGCCACACA